AAAACACAUGGUGGCUCCCUGUCUCGCGUGCGGACGACGUGGGCUGCCAUGGAGACCGAGGGUGUCAAUUUACGCAGCGAAAUAACACUUCUUUCGCAGAUAGACCAAAAGUGCAAUGGUGCCUUCCAGAAGUUCUUGGAUAUUGAGGAAUGGGACAAAAACCAAUGGGAGGAGGUGCUCACUGCAGUGGCAGCUGCACUCUUAGACCCAGACUUGACUCUCCUGGUUGGAGCAAAUCUGCGACCAUGGAUAUUGGAGCUGCUGUCUCAUGCCAAAGAGGUUGUGAAGAAACUUGAUGCACAUCCUGCUUUCUGUGUUAGUCUUAGCAAGCUUGUCACUGUCAGCAAUGAUGUCAGCAGAUUUGUACUCAAGUAUUUCCAGAGUGCUCCUGCACCAUUCCAUGAGCAGGAAGGAAAUUCCUGUGAACCAAAACAAAAGAAACGCAAAAAUGGUCAUGAGCUUCAGAAGCAUUGCGUUACAGAUGUUGACAUAGCAAAGGCAACAUACAUAUUGCUACAGCAUGUUGGAGAAGACCUGAUUUACCUGUGGAAAUGGUCAGAUAUAUUACCAUUCUUAAAUCACAGUUCAGAAGAAGUGAGAUGGCUGAUGUGUCAGUGUAUAGCAAUUUUAUCCAGAAUGACUGAAUUGCAAAAAGAGUCUUUAAUAAGAAAGCAUGUCCCUGAGGAAGUACACAUUAGCUUGUCUGUAGAGAAUACCAUGACUUCAAAACCAAAGUUACCAGAAAUAUUGGGAGAGACCAGAGAAAUGACUGAGUGUCAGCAGUUCCAACACACUGUUGCAGUUGGGCUUGUGGCACUACCAGUCUAUAGCAAGGAGGAACAGAAAGAGGAAGGAUGCUUAGUUAAGGUUCCUUCGACCAGGCGCAACCUUGAAUGUCUAGCACUGGCAGUAAGCAGAGGUGAUCCAGUAUUAAUAGAAGGAGUUGUUGGAAGUGGGAAGACCUCAUUGGUGGAGCAUUUAGCAUGCAUUACAGGAAGAACAAAAGCUCCUAUGUUGAUAAAGGUUCAGCUUGGAGACCAAACAGACAGCAAGACACUCCUUGGAACUUACUGUUGUACACAGACACCUGGAGAAUUUAUAUGGAGACCAGGCUCAGUAACACAGGCUGUGACAGAAGGCUACUGGCUACUUUUAGAGGAUCUGGACUAUGCUCCCAUGGAUGUCAUAUCAAUCUUGGUUCCACUUCUUGAGACCAGAACACUGCCUCUACCAGGUCACGGAAAUGUACGAGCCCAUCCAGACUUCCAGCUCUUUGCCACGCGACGGACUCUAGGAGGAGCCAAGAUGGUCAGUGGAAAUGCAGGAUUGUUAGAGAAGCUCUGGCUGAAGAUUACACUGGAAACACUGAAGCAUUCUGAACUGAAGGAGAUUGUGACUACCAGGUGGCCUGUCCUUGAAACUAUAACAGACAAACUAGUUGGAACAUAUCUAAUGAUGUCUGCUGGACACCACGAAGAUGACAGGUCCCAUGUAAGUCAGGAUGACAUAGUAGAUUUGACCACUGUUAAGGUGUCUGGCCGCCUAGUAUCCACAAGGGACCUCAUGAAGUGGUGCGCAAGGGUGUCUGAGCACAUAGAGAACAAGGAUAGCGAUUUAGCUCAGAGGGCUUUCCAGGUACCAUUUUCUUUUCUAUAUGGCACCAUGAACCCUGGUGGAGAUUAUGGCAAGAAGGAACUGUCCCCUGCUCUCAGAAAUCGCUUCACUGAAAUUUGGUGUCCAAAAGUUGAGAUUGGGAGACCUUCAUCUGGUGUCCUGGAGAUCAUUGAACAUAAUGUGAAGGAGGGAAUCAUCCUUAAUAGUGAGGAUAAUACAAGUGGAUUUGGAAAAGCGAUGUUUCAGUUUCUGGAGCACUUCAUCCAAACGGAAUUAGGAAGUAAGUGUGUUAUAAGCAUAAGAGACUUGCUGUCCUGGGUUACUUUCAUAAACAAAGUCACAGAAUCUGAAUGCUUAGAUCCUGGGUUAGCUUAUAUCCAUGGAGCAUGUCUUGUUUUGCUUGAUGGACUGGGAUCAGGACGCACUGGCACAGGAUUGAAAGGAUGGAGAAAGUUGAGAGAAGGAUGCCUCAGUUAUCUCUGUCAGCAAGUUUGGCAGAAGACUGGUGUACAACCAAAUACAGUAACACUAGAUGGAAAAUUGGGGAUGCAGCUGAAUUUUGUAAACAGUGAUACACAUUUUGGUAUUGAGCCAUUCAUUAUACCUAAAGGACCAGUCAAAGAAAACAAAGCAAUGAUGUUUACCUUCAAAGCUCCCAGAACCUGUGUAAAUCUCCUCCGUUUGUUGCGAGGAUUACAGCUUUCAAAACCAUUGUUGCUGGAAGGCAGCCCAGGUGUAGGAAAAACCAGUCUAGUGAUUGCUUUAGCAAAGAGUUCUGGAAAUAACAUUGUAAGAAUCAAUUUGUCAGAGCAGACAGAUGUAAGUGAUCUCUUUGGUGCUGACUUGCCUGUGGAAGGUGGAGAAGGAGGAAAAUUUGCAUGGCGAGAUGGACCUUUGCUCCAGGCCCUUCGUGAGGGAUCAUGGGUAGUUCUGGAUGAACUGAAUCUUGCAUCUCAGUCAGUACUGGAAGAAUUAGGCAAAGUGUUUAAAAUUGAACAUCAGACUACCAAGAUAUUUGCUUGCCAGAACCCCCAGUUUCAGGGAGGAGCUAGGAAAGGUCUACCAAAGUCUUUCCUCAACAGAUUUACACAGGUUCACAUUGAGCCACUUUCUGCCGCCGAUCUAGAGUUCAUCCUGGGGAUUUUGUAUGAGAGUCUUCCCCAGGAGAUCAUUGCAAAAAUGGUAAAGUUCAAUACAGAACUUGUGCAGGAGAUAUCAGAGCAAGGUCUUUGGGGACACUGUGGUGGGCCAUGGGAGCUCAACCUUCGAGACAUGUGCAGUGAUGGAAAGCAGUCCUUUAUCACCCUUCGUGACCUGUUCCGCUGGGCUGAGCGUUACCGUCUCGCUCCAAAACAGACCACUAAAUACUACGAUUGGAACCAGCACCUCGUGGAUGAAGGCUACCUAGUGUUAGCAGGAAGAGUGAGAGUGGAGGAGGAAGUGGAAGCCAUUCAGACAGUACUUGAAAAGAGGUUCGGCAAGGCAGUAGAUGUGGAAUCACUGUUUGUACUCUCAGAGAAAACAUCACCAGUCACAAAAGAAUGUCUAGAAAAAUUGUCGACAGUCAAAGGCUUUGAGCAUGUUGUUUGGACACAAGACAUGAGUCGACUCUAUGUCCUGGCAGCCAAGUCGUUAAGCUUCAAAGAGCCAGUGUUGCUAGUAGGAGAAACAGGUUGUGGCAAGACAACUGUAUGCCAGAUGAUAGCAGCUCAAAAACAUCAGGAGCUUUUCACUAUCAACUGCCACAUGCAUACUGAAGGAGCUGACUUCCUUGGUGGAUUGCGUCCUGUGAGAUCACGCACAGAAGAAGACGACCGAUUGUUUGAAUGGGUGGAUGGGCCCUUGAUUCUGUCUAUGAGGGAUGGUGGCAUGUUUCUGGCUGAUGAAAUUUCACUUGCUGAUGACAGUGUUCUGGAAAGACUCAACUCUGUUCUUGAGCCAGAGCGUAUGCUGGUUCUGGCUGAGAAGGGGACAGAUGGAGUGGAGUAUGAAAGCAAUCCUGACAUUAUAUAUGCUCAUGAGGACUUCAGACUCAUUGGCACCAUGAACCCUGGUGGAGAUUAUGGCAAGAAGGAACUGUCCCCUGCUCUCAGAAAUCGCUUCACUGAAAUUUGGUGUCCAAAAGUUGAGAUUGGGAGACCUUCAUCUGGUGUCCUGGAGAUCAUUGAACAUAAUGUGAAGGAGGGAAUCAUCCUUAAUAGUGAGGAUAAUACAACUGGAUUUGGAAAAGCAAUGUUUCAGUUUCUUGAGCACUUCAUCCAAACGGAAUUAGGAAGUAAGUGUGUUAUAAGCAUAAGAGACUUGCUGUCCUGGGUUACUUUCAUAAACAAAGUCACAGAAUCUGAAUGCUUAGAUCCUGGGUUAGCUUAUAUCCAUGGAGCAUGUCUUGUUUUGCUUGAUGGACUGGGAUCAGGACGCACUGGCACAGGAUUGAAAGGAUGGAGAAAGUUGAGAGAAGGAUGCCUCAGUUAUCUCUGUCAGCAAGUUUGGCAGAAGACUGGUGUACAACCAAAUACAGUAACACUAGAUGGAAAAUUGGGGAUGCAGCUGAAUUUUGUAAACAGUGAUACACAUUUUGGUAUUGAGCCAUUCAUUAUACCUAAAGGACCAGUCAAAGAAAACAAAGCAAUGAUGUUUACCUUCAAAGCUCCCAGAACCUGUGUAAAUCUCCUCCGUUUGUUGCGAGGAUUACAGCUUUCAAAACCAUUGUUGCUGGAAGGCAGCCCAGGUGUAGGAAAAACCAGUCUAGUGAUUGCUUUAGCAAAGAGUUCUGGAAAUAACAUUGUAAGAAUCAAUUUGUCAGAGCAGACAGAUGUAAGUGAUCUCUUUGGUGCUGACUUGCCUGUGGAAGGUGGAGAAGGAGGAAAAUUUGCAUGGCGAGAUGGACCUUUGCUCCAGGCCCUUCGUGAGGGAUCAUGGGUAGUUCUGGAUGAACUGAAUCUUGCAUCUCAGUCAGUACUGGAAGUGAAUGCCUGCUUUGAUCACAGAGGAGAGAUUUUUGUGCCAGAAUUAGGCAAAGUGUUUAAAAUUGAACAUCAGACUACCAAGAUAUUUGCUUGCCAGAACCCCCAGUUUCAGGGAGGAGCUAGGAAAGGUCUACCAAAGUCUUUCCUCAACAGAUUUACACAGGUUCACAUUGAGCCACUUUCUGCCGCCGAUCUAGAGUUCAUCCUGGGGAUUUUGUAUGAGAGUCUUCCCCAGGAGAUCAUUGCAAAAAUGGUAAAGUUCAAUACAGAACUUGUGCAGGAGAUAUCAGAGCAAGGUCUUUGGGGACACUGUGGUGGGCCAUGGGAGCUCAACCUUCGAGACAUGUGCAGGAGGAAAGUGGAAGCCAUUCAGACAGUACUUGAAAAGAGGUUCGGCAAGGCAGUAGAUGUGGAAUCACUGUUUGUACUCUCAGAGAAAACAUCACCAGUCACAAAAGAAUGUCUAGAAAAAUUGUCGACAGUCAAAGGCUUUGAGCAUGUUGUUUGGACACAAGACAUGAGUCGACUCUAUGUCCUGGCAGCCAAGUCGUUAAGCUUCAAAGAGCCAGUGUUGCUAGUAGGAGAAACAGGUUGUGGCAAGACAACUGUAUGCCAGAUGAUAGCAGCUCAAAAACAUCAGGAGCUUUUCACUAUCAACUGCCACAUGCAUACUGAAGGAGCUGACUUCCUUGGUGGAUUGCGUCCUGUGAGAUCACGCACAGAAGAAGACGACCGAUUGUUUGAAUGGGUGGAUGGGCCCUUGAUUCUGUCUAUGAGGGAUGGUGGCAUGUUUCUGGCUGACGAAAUUUCACUUGCUGAUGACAGUGUUCUGGAAAGACUCAACUCUGUUCUUGAGCCAGAGCGUAUGCUGGUUCUGGCUGAGAAGGGGACAGAUGGAGUUGAGUAUGAAAGCAAUCCUGACAUUAUAUAUGCUCAUGAGGACUUCAGACUCAUUGGCACCAUGAACCCUGGUGGAGAUUAUGGCAAGAAGGAACUGUCCCCUGCUCUCAGAAAUCGCUUCACUGAAAUUUGGUGUCCAAAAGUUGAGAUUGGGAGACCUUCAUCUGGUGUCCUGGAGAUCAUUGAACAUAAUGUGAAGGAGGGAAUCAUCCUUAAUAGUGAGGAUAAUACAAGUGGAUUUGGAAAAGCGAUGUUUCAGUUUCUGGAGCACUUCAUCCAAACGGAAUUAGGAAGUAAGUGUGUUAUAAGCAUAAGAGACUUGCUGUCCUGGGUUACUUUCAUAAACAAAGUCACAGAAUCUGAAUGCUUAGAUCCUGGGUUAGCUUAUAUCCAUGGAGCAUGUCUUGUUUUGCUUGAUGGACUGGGGAUCAGGACGCACUGGCACAGGAUUGAAAGGAUGGAGAAAGUUGAGAGAAGGAUGCCUCAGUUAUCUCUGUCAGCAAGUUUGGCAGAAGACUGGUGUACAACCAAAUACAGUAACACUAGAUGGAAAAUUGGGGAUGCAGCUGAAUUUUCUUUCAAAACCAUUGUUGCUGGAAGGCAGCCCAGGUGUAGGAAAACCAGUUUAGUGAUUGCUCUAGCAAAGAGUUCUGGAAAUAACAUUGUAAGAAUCAAUUUGUCAGAGCAGACAGACGUAAGUGAUCUCUUUGGUGCUGACUUGCCUGUGGAAGGUGGAGAAGGAGGAAAAUUUGCAUGGCGAGAUGGACCUUUGCUCCAGGCCCUUCGUGAGGGAUCAUGGGUAGUUCUGGAUGAACUGAAUCUUGCAUCUCAGUCAGUACUGGAAGAACCCCAGUUUCAGGGAGGAGCUAGGAAAGGUCUACCAAAGUCUUUCCUCAACAGAUUUACACAGGUUCACAUUGAGCCACUUUCUGCCGCCGAUCUAGAGUUCAUCCUGGGGAUUUUGUAUGAGAGUCUUCCCCAGGAGAUCAUUGCAAAAAUGGUAAAGUUCAAUACAGAACUUGUGCAGGAGAUAUCAGAGCAAGGUCUUUGGGGACACUGUGGUGGGCCAUGGGAACUCAACCUUCGAGACAUGUGCAGUGAUGGAAAGCAGUCCUUUAUCACCCUUCGUGACCUGUUCCGCUGGGCUGAGCGUUACCGUCUCGCUCCAAAACAGACCACUAAAUACUACGAUUGGAACCAGCACCUCGUGGAUGAAGGCUACCUAGUGUUAGCAGGAAGAGUGAGAGUGGAGGAGGAAGUGGAAGCCAUUCAGACAGUACUUGAAAAGAGGUUCGGCAAGGCAGUAGAUGUGGAAUCACUGUUUGUACUCUCAGAGAAAACAUCACCAGUCACAAAAGAAUGUCUAGAAAAAUUGUCGACAGUCAAAGGCUUUGAGCAUGUUGUUUGGACACAAGACAUGAGUCGACUCUAUGUCCUGGCAGCCAAGUCGUUAAGCUUCAAAGAGCCAGUGUUGCUAGUAGGAGAAACAGGUUGUGGCAAGACAACUGUAUGCCAGAUGAUAGCAGCUCAAAAACAUCAGGAGCUUUUCACUAUCAACUGCCACAUGCAUACUGAAGGAGCUGACUUCCUUGGUGGAUUGCGUCCUGUGAGAUCACGCACAGAAGAAGACGACCGAUUGUUUGAAUGGGUGGAUGGGCCCUUGAUUCUGUCUAUGAGGGAUGGUGGCAUGUUUCUGGCUGACGAAAUUUCACUUGCUGAUGACAGUGUUCUGGAAAGACUCAACUCUGUUCUUGAGCCAGAGCGUAUGCUGGUUCUGGCUGAGAAGGGGACAGAUGGAGUUGAGUAUGAAAGCAAUCCUGACAUUAUAUAUGCUCAUGAGGACUUCAGACUCAUUGGCACCAUGAACCCUGGUGGAGAUUAUGGCAAGAAGGAACUGUCCCCUGCUCUCAGAAAUCGCUUCACUGAAAUUUGGUGUCCAAAAGUUGAGAUUGGGAGACCUUCAUCUGGUGUCCUGGAGAUCAUUGAACAUAAUGUGAAGGAGGGAAUCAUCCUUAAUAGUGAGGAUAAUACAAGUGGAUUUGGAAAAGCGAUGUUUCAGUUUCUGGAGCACUUCAUCCAAACGGAAUUAGGAAGUAAGUGUGUUAUAAGCAUAAGAGACUUGCUGUCCUGGGUUACUUUCAUAAACAAAGUCACAGAAUCUGAAUGCUUAGAUCCUGGGUUAGCUUAUAUCCAUGGAGCAUGUCUUGUUUUGCUUGAUGGACUGGGAUCAGGACGCACUGGCACAGGAUUGAAAGGAUGGAGAAAGUUGAGAGAAGGAUGCCUCAGUUAUCUCUGUCAGCAAGUUUGGCAGAAGACUGGUGUACAACCAAAUACAGUAACACUAGAUGGAAAAUUGGGGAUGCAGCUGAAUUUUGUAAACAGUGAUACACAUUUUGGUAUAGAACCAUUCAUUAUACCUAAAGGACCAGUCAAAGAAAACAAAGCAAUGAUGUUUACCUUCAAAGCUCCCAGAACCUGUGUAAAUCUCCUCCGUUUGUUGCGAGGAUUACAGCUUUCAAAACCAUUGUUGCUGGAAGGCAGCCCAGGUGUAGGAAAAACCAGUUUAGUGAUUGCUCUAGCAAAGAGUUCUGGAAAUAACAUUGUAAGAAUCAAUUUGUCAGAGCAGACAGACGUAAGUGAUCUCUUUGGUGCUGACUUGCCUGUGGAAGGUGGAGAAGGAGGAAAAUUUGCAUGGCGAGAUGGACCUUUGCUCCAGGCCCUUCGUGAGGGAUCAUGGGUAGUUCUGGAUGAACUGAAUCUUGCAUCUCAGUCAGUACUGGAAGGUUUGAAUGCCUGCUUUGAUCACAGAGGAGAGAUUUUUGUGCCAGAAUUAGGCAAAGUGUUUAAAAUUGAACAUCAGACUACCAAGAUAUUUGCUUGCCAGAACCCCCAGUUUCAGGGAGGAGCUAGGAAAGGUCUACCAAAGUCUUUCCUCAACAGAUUUACACAGGUUCACAUUGAGCCACUUUCUGCCGCCGAUCUAGAGUUCAUCCUGGGGAUUUUGUAUGAGAGUCUUCCCCAGGAGAUCAUUGCAAAAAUGGUAAAGUUCAAUACAGAACUUGUGCAGGAGAUAUCAGAGCAAGGUCUUUGGGGACACUGUGGUGGGCCAUGGGAACUCAACCUUCGAGACAUGUGCAGAUGGUGUGAUAUCAUGUUAAAACACCAGUCAGAAAGCAGUUUUAACCCAGGCGAGUAUGUUGGAAUCAUAUACUCGGACCGCAUGAGAACUGCAGCAGAUAAGGAAAACGUCUUCACAGUUUACAACCGUAUCUUUGGAGAGGCUUACCCAAGCUACCAGAGUGUUGGAAGAUUCCAUGUGACGCAGAAGACAGUUCAAGUCGGGCAUUCCUUUAUUGAUCGAAAGACAGAUGGAGAUUAUAGUCGUGAGGACAACAGUGGAGAACUUUUUGUUAUUCACCAUCAGUUGCCAACCAUAGAGAGCUUGAUAAGCUGUGUGAACAUGAACUGGAUGGCAUUGAUGGUGGGAGCUUCAGGUGUUGGAAAAACAUCAGUGGUAAAGCUGCUAGCCAGGUUGACUGGUAACCAGCUUUACACAUUCACAGUUAACUCUGAUAUGGAUGUCACUGAACUGCUUGGAGGCUUUCAACAGGUUGAUUAUGGGAGAUCUUUAGGAGAUAUAGUAGAACAAACAGAAAACGCAGUUUCAGCAGCUAUGAGACAGUUGAUGUUAGCCAAUUCCAGUGCACAUGCCAAAGAGAUCCUGAAGUCAUGGGAACUGUUCACCUCUGUGCAUAAUGACAAGACAACUAGAACAACCUCUGGAGAAGUGGAGCACUUCCUUCAUCGUUGUGAUCUUUUGCUAGACCUUUUACAGUUGUUGACAGAGAUAAGUGAGAAUGAUAAGCUACAGGACAAAUCCCCAGUUAAGGCUAGACCAAAAAAGAGAAGGAAAUCAGAGCAGAAGUUCCAGGCUGUGAGUGAUAAUGGCAAGGGCCUUGAAGAGCUUGUUAACAUUUCAAAGAUGAUAAGUGACGUGAAGAAGCUACAGAAUCAGGUUAAGGAGGCUGGCAUAAUAUCAGGGGGUGGCACCUUCCAGUGGGUUGACUCUAUCCUUGUCAAGGCUGUACGAGAAGGCUACUGGCUGUUAGUGGAGGGAGUAAAUGUCUGCUCUCCAUCUGUACUGGAUCGUUUGAAUGCUCUUCUGGAACCUGGAGGAGUCCUGACUAUCAGUGAAAGGGGCGUCGUAGAUGGCGCUGUCCCGUUUGUAACACCACACAAAGAUUUCCGUCUCUUCCUUGCCAUGGAUCCACAAAAUGGAGAGAUAUCACGAGCAAUGAGAAACCGUGGCAUUGAAAUUUGUUCUGUGAACACAUGGACGAAACCACAGGACUUCCGUGCCUUAUUGCUUCAGAAUGGCAUAACAUCUUCAAAACUACAGAAUACCCUGUAUGAGAGUUACAGACUGCUUACAACAGAGCUCCCAGUACAUGAGCGACCAAGUAUUUGCCAGUUCAAGCAAACAGCAUCUAUGGUGAACCAGUUAGUCCAGCGGGGUUUUGGAGGAGAAUUGGCCGUUAGAAAAGCUUUGGCUGUAGUCUACAUCAGAUCUCAAGGAAAGGCACAGUUACAGGAUGAAAUCAAUCACAUUCUACAUGUAAUACCAGACUUCUUGGAAAAAUCCAUGAACCUUCCUUGGCCUCUAUACGAGCAUCAGACCUUGAGUACAUGCAGGCUGAGUGGAGGAAGCAGCUUAGCACAUGCAAAAGUGCUUUCAUCACUUCUACAUUCCAUCAUUCUGGCUCAGAUAUACCCAGAAUCUGCAGAGGCAUGUGGUUCAGAAACCCUGCCAGUAACCUGUCCUCUCCCUGUAAUGCCAAACAGUGUAAAGAAUUGCUUAGCUCUCAUUCUGACCUUGACACCCCUGGACAAUUGGCAAAUGAUCCACAAAUUGCUGGAGAAGCUAAUCAGCAAGCUUCCUCAGAAAGCAAAGCCUCUUGGGGAGUUGGUGGUGUCUGUUUUACAGUCGAUUGUUUCACAGAAAGUGUGCAAAGCAUCUGAAACCUUACAAGCUUGUUUGGGAAAUUUCCUUGCUGUUGAUCCACGUUUCAAUGUACAUUCUCUAGAAGUGCAAGGAAGUAACAAGUCAGAAGUUGAUGUUGAAGGUCUUGCAAAUAAAUCAAAAGUGUGGAUAUGUAAAAGUGUGAAUCAAUAUUUUGAAGAAGAUCCUGAGGACAAGAAAGAAGAUGAGAAGAAAAAAAUGGAUGCCAUGACACUAUUAGAGAUUUCUGAAUCCAUCAGCAAGGGUCGUGCAGGGAAACACCUGAUUCAUCAUCCCUCGAUUCCAUUGCUAUAUCCAUUCUUAAAGGGCAUUGAUCAGCUCAUCUCAGCCCUCACCGAUAACACACAGGUGCCUCUCACAGAUCUCGAAUGGUGUCACUUAGCGAGUUCCCUGCACUGGCAAAACCGGCUGACUAAGCUCUGUUCUAAAGUCAUUGAAAAGUCCAGGUUUCAUUUGUUUUUUGGAAAUGCUUACUUACCAGAAGUCACUGCAACAUUAAGUAAAGCAAGAAAGCCCAUUGACAAGGAAGUAAAAGGCUUUGUGAAAAUUGCACAGUGGCGUGAUAUCAACUUCUUCUCUGUACGUGAGUCUGUGAAUAAGAGCCAUCGGACUUUGCAUCGUCAUAUGCGUAGUUGGGAGAAGAAGCUCAGGCAGCCUGCUUCUCCACUGUUCCACGAUGCAGAUUCAGAGUUAUCACAAGAUCAGACAGGAGCUUGGGAUAAAGAACCAGACAAUAGCUUAGCCCUUCAAGUAGCUCCCACAGUGCCAUCAAAGCCAAGUGAAGUUGAUGAUGUUACUAAUGUACCAGAAAACACAGUGCUAGGGAAAUUGGGAGCAUUAACACCUCGCUGCCACAAACUUGUGCCUCAGCUGACCUUACACUGGGAGUGGAUUGAUCAAUAUUUAUUGAAGAAAAUCCCUGAAACUUGGAAUGAAAUAGCUUCAGCAAAAUUGAAGAGUAUAGUAAGUCAGAUGCAAACCAUUUUUGAGAAGGAGUUUGGGACGCUUCACAAAUUGGCUGCAGAGUUUCGAUCUCAUAUUGCUCCAGCUCCGUUCAUUUCACCAUUUGUGUCAGAUGCCCAAGCUAAACUGAUGAGUCUUAUUGAUUCUGUAGCCCCAGCUGCAGAUAAACACAACGUAAACUUGUUUUUGGCUUCCAAAAUUGGAAUUGAAAUACGGGAGUCGCUGAUGCAGAGAGCAGUAGAAGUUGGUGAUUGUAGCAGUGAGAUAGCUGAUCAUGUAGAUGUUCGAAUUGAUACCUUGGAAAGUAUGAUAAACAGUAAAUGCUUGAAGAAUGAUAGACUGCUCACAUCCAAAGAUGUGGAUCUUACUGUUCUUACUGUUCAAACUUGGCCAUUACAAGACUUUUUGGCUCUAAUAGGACUGUCUCUGGGGAGAAUUAAUAACAAGAUCCCCAAACAUAUUUCAGAUAUGUUGUGUGUUGCCCCUGGAGUGUUUAAAGAAAUGGCAGCAGUUCUGUCUUGUCCAGGGGUUCAAUCAGGGACUGCAGUUGACACUCACUACUACUUGACAAUGAGACAAAGCACUGCAUUCAGUAAGACACGUUCUUUCUUAGAAUACACACUUCAUUCUUCAGAAGAUGAUCAUGAAAAUGAAAAAGAUAGACAUGCACAUCUCUAUCAUCCAUCUGCAUGUCAGCUUACAUACAUUCUGUCAACAGGCAACAACAGUCCAGGUAGUGGAAAUGAGAACAUUAUAGAAGAGGUUGCUGUUGGACUUCACAUAGAAAAGGUUUCUCAGUUACAGUCAACUCGUUCCACUCUCUGGAGUAACUGGACAUGUCUCACUGAUCCAGAUUCCAGCUAUGAAGCAUCAUUUACAAAAGCUGCUCUUGCUUACAUAGCUUCUACUUUAAGCACUCUAGCUUUCAUUUGUCAUGUUGACAUGCCAUCUAAUGUUGGUGUUUCUGACUUGCAAACGGCAUCAAGUCUUGCAGUAAAACUUGCAGAUUCAAGCCUUAGUUUUAUACCUGAAGAUUGCAAGGAACUACUUCUUGAAAUUGCAGAUACUGUUGUUGAACUUGAGAAGUGCAGCAGUGACUGGCAAACUAAAUCUGCUCUAGCGGCCCAUGCUGUUUUAGCUGUGGGAAUGUUCCGCACAAGCUUGUUGGCUUACAUGGAGCCAGUGGACUCUGCUCAACGUGUGUGCUUUCUCUUGAGGUAUUAUGAAGAAGAAAUGGAGGACUUGCAGUCCAAUAUGAUGUUAGCAGACUGGUGUGAAUGCUUACAAGGUGGUUUAGGUAAUGCUCCUCUAAGACUUUCUCAUCCGCAUAGAAUACUAAUGAAAGAAAGGCAUGAGUAUUUGAAAGAUGAAUCUCAUAAACUAAACCAGAAGGUAGCAUACAGGCCAGACCCACCAACGUAUCCUCAGCUAAAACAAGACAUUCAUCAUUUUCUGUCUACUGUUUUCUAUCUUGAGAAAUUUAAGCAGUUAUUGGUUGGGCUGAAGUGUAAAGAAAGUUCUAUUCAGGAUAAAACCAUAUUGAUGGUAGAUGUUAUGCUCUCUUCCUGUGAUAAUUUUGUUAAGCAAAUGGUCCGCCAGUAUCCUCUUUAUCGAGACAUAACUUACCCACUGCUUCAGUCUGUCACCAUGUCCUGUGAGGCGUUGCGUCUCCUAGUGACACAUGCCCGUAUCCAGAGAGUCAGUGCUAGUUGUGGCACAAAUGUAACUGAGAGCAUGGCCCAGUAUUCUGCAUUCCCUGUUUCCCGAGAGCCUUUGGACCCCUUGAAGCAGCUGAGUAAGCAGAUGGAAGUGAAGCAGACUGUCCCUGUUUUGCUUCCAGAGGAUGAAUAUCCUGGUCAGGCAAAGCUUCUUAGUACGUUGGUACUACGAUCUGUACUUCUAGACCUGUUCAGUACAACUUUGGCUCAAGCUUAUUUAGACAAGAAGGCUGUUCAGAUGAUCAUGCAUUUACUGGAACAAGUCACAACAAUCUGGCGCCAACAGGAAGAGGAAAAGGCUCUGAAAGCACAAGAGAAGGAGAGCCUCUAUCGUUAUAAGGACCGGACUAUGGCUGCAUCAGAGACAGAAGAAGAAACCAUUGAAAGAGAAUUCUCUGAAGCUUUUCCUUCCUUUGAUGAUGAAUUUGAUGAUCUGGAUGGGAUAAACUUAAAUGAUUCGAAGAAAGCGAAAAAGAGAACAAAUAAGGAAAAGGAUGAAGAUGAAGUCUUAGGUCAGUUAAGUGAUAAAGAGGUGCAGGAGAUCAGUGAAUUACAUCGCCUGUUGUUUACUAAUUUGGUGAAUACUUCAUGGCGCAGUGCACCCUCAGCCCCAAGUGUGAGCCCCUCUUCUCAGAUGAUACCAGCAUCAAUCAUAAGACUGCGUGUGUUGCGAACUAUCAUCAACACCAUUGGACCUAUUGCUGGCAGUCACUUGGAUCGAGUAUCACUGGGCGCUCACAUUCUGAGCAACCACAAUUCCUGUGCCAUCCUUACUCAUGAUCCCCCAGCCCCUCUUGUUUCUCACCCAUACAACAUAUAUCUCGAUCCAAAUCCCCAAGAGGCCCUAAAGGUUCGGCCCCUCGUGCAAGCAGUACGUGAACGAGUGGAUGAGCUCUUGCGUUCAUGGCCAGACCACCCUGUACUGAUGAUGGUUAACACAGUGGUAAAUCGAGUAUUAGGAUUUACACUGACUUCACCACUAAUGAGACAUAUUGUAGGCUUAGAAACAAUCCUGGAAAAAGCUCAAGAAUGGGAGAAAAAUGCUCAUGCUAGUGUCUCUAUGAUGGAGCAACUGGAAGCUGUGACACAUCAGAUCAUAGAGUGGAGGAAACUGGAGCUACAUGGCUGGAAAAACUGUCUGAAUAUGAUAACCCAUAAGGUUGCAACUGAAGGAAGGAAGUGGUGGCCUCACCUAUAUGAAGCAUUCCAAGUUGCACUUGCAGAAAAGGUCUCUUUGGAUGAAGUAUCGAAAACCCUGAAACAGUUCCUUGAGACCUCUCUGCUGGGAGAUUUCCAGCUCCGCUUGGAAAUGCUGUAUGCUUUCCACUGUAAUCUUGCUGUCCUAGAAAAGAGUAAGCUUGUUGAGAAACUCCUGGCUCUCACAUGGAAUCUCCACCAAUAUUACCUACAGUACUUACCUGAAGUCACUGCCACAUUAAGUAAAGCAAGAAAGCCCAUUGACAAGGAAGUAAAAGGCUUUGUGAAAAUUGCACAGUGGCGUGAUAUCAACUUCUUCUCUGUACGUGAGUCUGUGAAUAAGAGCCAUCGGACUUUGCAUCGUCAUAUGCGUAGUUGGGAGAAGAAGCUCAGGCAGCCUGCUUCUCCACUGUUCCACGAUGCAGAUUCAGAGUUAUCACAAGAUCAGACAGGAGCUUGGGAUAAAGAACCAGACAAUAGCUUAGCCCUUCAAGUAGCUCCCACAGUGCCAUCAAAGCCAAGUGAAGUUGAUGAUGUUACUAAUGUACCAGAAAACACAGUGCUAGGGAAAUUGGGAGCAUUAACACCUCGCUGCCACAAACUUGUGACCUCGACUUUGAAGACUCUGCCCUAUGCAUCCCAUAUAGAAAUGGUUGAAGAGAUGACUGCUGCAGUCAUUUCUAGUUACCAGGAGUUACAGGCAGCAGCCACAAAGGCAGAAGGCAUCUCAGAGUCUGAGAAUCGUUUGAAGUCAUUACGUAGUGUAAUGCAACGCCGCAGGGAUUCCCUAGCUCAGCUGUUCAAGGCACUCACAGCUACUGGUGUCACUUAUACCCGUGGAAAUAGUAUGUGGAGUGAUGGGGAUGUUGAGAAGUGUUUACAUCUCCCACCACUGAAUUUAGAAGUUGCUCAUUCAGGUAGUAAAUCCUUGAAAUCUGCUAGAGAAGCUUGGGCAGGCUGUCAGAAGUACCUGGACAGGUGCAUUGGAAGACAAACCCGACUCCUGACAGCCCUCCAACAACCUCAUGGCGAUCUAGGGCCUGAGCUCAUCAAAAGGUUGCGUGGUGUGUCAUGCUACCUCUUCAUUUUGGCUAGAGACCAACGAAAGGCAUUAGCAAGUAUUAGUGGUGACAGUCGUAGACUAAGUAACAUUUUGCAAGAUGUAGCAACUGUAACUCCUGAAUGCCACCCAGUUGUUUCUCUUAAGAUUGGCUGGCAAACACUUCAUGGAUUAGCUACUUCCCUUGCUCUAACAACAAUGGAGGUAUGUGCAUUGCUAGACACUGUGCCUACAUCUCCUCCUCUCUUGUUAUUGAAAGAAAACUCUGCAGUGCCUGAUGAGAAAGAUCUAGAGGAAGCAAAAAUCAUUCUUGGAGAUAUUGAAAAGUUGGCUACAUAUUUUGCCAGGAAGUUAGCCAAACAAAUGGAACUUUUUGAUGAGGAUCGCAUGCUAACAGUAGAACACACCAAAGUUUUUAGAGAAACCAUGAAGGAAUUUAUCAUUGUGGGUGACAAGAUUCAGAAUGUUACAGUAUUACUGUCUUCAAGUAAGGACACUCAUUUGCCUGUUACUGACCCCCUGAACAUUUGGGUGAGAAGUUGGAAAUCAGUGGAGGCCAAUCUCACUUCUUUGAUGGACUCAGAAUCACAAAUACAAGCUAUCAGUGAUGACAGCAUUAGACAUGUUGAGUAUUGUCUAACACAGGUAUUGUUAGGAGUUGAACACGUAUACAAGCUGCAUAAGAAGCAACAGGAAGAUCACGAUGAUGAAGAAACUCCCAAGAAAGAUUUAACAGAAGGAUUAGUGGAAAAUUUGGAAAAUGACAGGAAAGCCUUGAGACUUGGGAAGGUGGUGAAAAUCCUAGAAGAUUUAGUGAAGAAAAGUGAAAAUCAUCCACAAAUCUUGCUCGUAUUGAAAUCCUCCCUACCUUUGAUAGAACAGUACCAAGCAUUGUGCCAAUCAGUACUUACAUAUAUGGCCCAUAGCAACAGAAGUAUUAGCAAAUUCGCAUCUGUUAUUAUGGCAAUUUUCCAUCAGUUAGCUGUCAAAGGCUUCUGUCGGCCUAAGGAACUUGAGGAGGAGGCUGGAGAAGAGGGUGCCACGAAGUUUGAAGAUAGCGAAGGAACAGGCCUUGGAGAUGGUGAAGGACAGAAGGAUAUGUCUGAUCGAUUAGAAUCUGAAGAUCAGUUGGAGUCUGCUCUCCAGGAGGGAGAAAGUGAGAAAGAGGGUGAUAAAGACUUGAAGGAAGAUGAGGGAGUGGAAAUGAGUGAAGACUUUGAAGGCAAGAUGCAAGACGUAGAAAAGGGAGAUGAAGAUGAUGACAAUGAGAGCGAAGAUGACGAUGACAAGGAUAUGGAGGAGCAGAUGGGAGAGACGGAAAAGGGCGCUGAAAAACUCGAUGAAAAAGUUUGGGAUGAUAAUGGAGAGAGUGAUGAGGAGGAUGAAGAAAAGAAAGAGGAAGAUGAUGGAACAGGUGAAGAGAUCGAUGGGGAAUCAAAAAUGGUCGCUAAAGAUGAGAGGAAGAGCAACAAGGGAAGAGAUCAGGAUCAGAAAAAGAAAGAGAAACUCAAAGAAAUGGAGGAUAAGUUAAGAGAGAAUGAGGAUAAGGGUGAAGAGGAAGAGGAGUAUGAUGACAAUUUCAAGGACGACUAUGGUGGAGAGGAAGGCAUGGAGAAUGAAGAUGAGGAACCACCCAUGCAAUUACCUGAGGACAUGAACUUAGGUGAUGACACGGGUGAAAGGAGUGAUGCCAGCGAAGGCGAGGGCGAGGGUGAGAAUGAUGGAGAGGGUGAAGAGAACAUGGAGGAAGAAAAUCCAUUUGAAUUUGACGAGAUGGGUAUCUUGCCAGAGGAAGCGCUAGAGCCAAAGAAGAAGGGAGAAGAAGAAGAAGAAGGAGAGGGAGGAGGAGAAGAAGAGAAUCAGACAAAGGAUGAAGCAGCUGAAGAGGAAGCAAAGGAAGAAGAGAAAGACAAAGCAGAUGAUGACAAAAACAGUGAGAAAAACAGGGGUGAAAAGCCCCAGGGAACAGAGGAAGAAAUGGAAAAGAAAGAGGAUGAAGAUAAGACGAAGAACGAAGAUAAAGCAGACGCAUCAAACGAUCAAGACAGCAAGACCAACGCAGAGGCAGCAGAGAUGGACACUACCCAAGCAAGCAAAGAUAUGACAAAACAAAAGCCAACGGAAGACGCAGGAGCUCAGCCCGAGCUGGACGACGACGAGAAGCAGGAAGAGCACGGCCAGACGGGAGAGCAAACGGAAGACCAGGAAGGUGUGGGUGAGUCGGAGAGUCGCACGCGCGAGGAAGCCCACGAAGGAGAUAACUCUGCUUUGGUUACCGAAGAUGCAGCCAACGAUAACACCGAUAUGGAGAAGCCCCGUCGACCAGGAGAGACGGACGAUGAUCGAACGCUAGGGGACGAAGAAAAUAGAGCGCAACAAGGUCUCAUGUCAGUGAAUCCAAGACGGCGGAACGACCAACGCCAAAAGCAGCAAGAACAGGAGGAAAAGAAGUCCAGCAAAGAGUAUGAGCACAUAAACAAGGCCCAGAGCCAUUUCGACAAGCAGGUCGUGGAUGCCGGGACACAGGAGCAGGCCCAGGAAGCCCCUGCCCCUGCCAACACGGAGGAGGACGAGGACAACAAAAUGGAGAACGAGGAGAUGAUGGAUACUCCCAUGGAGGUUGAUGAGGACCUAGGCGAGGCUGAAGACGAAAAGGAAGCACUGGGACAAGACAAAGAAAGAAACGAAGGCAAGGACAGAGGUCAGUCGCAGCCUGAUCCCCAGGGAGAAGAUGCCAAGGUGGAAACGGAGGGAGAGAUUAUCCUUGCGGCCACUGUGGAGCGCGCACCGGAGAGCUUCAUUCACACCCUCUUAACAGACGAAAAUGAAUAUGAAGAAGGAGAAGAUGCAUACACAUUUAAUGAGAAUGAAGAAGAAACUAGACAGGACAUCGAGACUACUGCUGUACAGACCGAGGACAGUGAUGCAGCUUGGACGAAGCACGAAGCCCGUGUGGCAAACAUGGCAUUGCAGUUGUGUGAGCAGUUGCGUCUCAUUUUAGAACCAACACAGGCUGCUAGAUUACGUGGAGACUACAGAACGGGAAAGAGAUUGAACAUGCGUAAAGUGAUACCCUACAUUGCUUCUCAGUUUAGGAAAGACAAGAUCUGGCUCAGAAGAACGCAACCCAGCAAACGAACAUAUCAGAUAAUACUAGCAGUGGACGAUUCCGAGUCCAUGGCUGAAACACGAACAAGUACUUUAGCAACCGAGAGCGUGGCCUUGGUAACAAAGGCGCUCACACUCCUAGAAUCCGGUGAAGUAGGUGUCCUCAGUUUUGGAGCUUCGACAAACGUCUUGCACCCAUUAGGCGAUACCUUCAGUGACGAGUCGGGAAGCCGUAUUUUAGCCAACCUAACAUUCGAACAGAAAAUGACGAACUUUGGUAAACUCUUAGAGGAUGCUGUGGCCAUUUUCAAGGGAGUGAAGAGAUACAGCUCCCAUGGAAACCCAGACACCGCCCAGCUGCUUAUCAUCCUAAGCGAUGGUCAGACUCAUACCAGGGCAGAACAGGUCAAAGCUGCUGUUAGAAGAGCACGAUUAGAGAGGGUCUUCAUAGUUUUCAUUGUUCUCGAUGCAAAAGAUAGCCAGUAUUCUUUCUACGAUAUCCUCGUGUAUGAGAAAGGUGAGAUGCGUCCGCUCGUGGAGACCUUCCCCUUUCCAUUCUUCUUGGUGGUGAGGGACCUGGAGACUCUGCCGCAAGCCUUGUCAACCGCACUUCGACAGUGGUUCGAGCUUGUUACAGCGGAUGCCAAGCAUUGAUGUGUUAUGUUUAGAGAAAUAUGAUAGCGUGUUUAUUUAUGAAGAAUUAUUAUUUUUGUUGAACUUUUGUAAAUCUGUUACAAUAAAUGUAAAAGCUACAAAUGAAUACGUAGGGAUGUAAAUGUUAUAAAUAUUAGCUUAAUUUAUAAGAAAUAAAUUCUUAUACAAUGACCAAGAAUGUGAAAUAUUCA